AUGCUCCGAGACCUAAGAGCUUCCUUGACACCUUUGCACCUGUUGCAUCAGAACAUGGCAACAGUUGCCAAAGUGACUGAGAAGGUGGUGGUGGAUACCAUUUUAUUUACUUGGUGCAUAGUCCGCCUUUCUCCCUGCGACACAAGGUCUGAUCCAGCACAGCCACCUCAUCUUGAGGCAGAGCCAGAAGGGGGAGAAUCUUCUGGCGGUCCCCCCCCACCGCCCCCAAAUUUGACCAGCAAUCGCCGGCUGCAGCAGACUCAAGCCGAAGUGAAUCAAGUGGUGGACAUCUUGCAUGACAACAUGACCAGAGUCAUACAGCGCGACGAAGCGCUCAGCAGCUUGGAUGACAAAGCGGACUCUCUCCACGAGAGCGCCAAAAUUUUUGAAAACAGCACGACCGCUCUUGCGAGGAAGUACUGGUGCCAAAACAUGAAGAUGAUGAUUAUUUUGGGACUGAUCUGUGGUAUUGCGGCCAUAGCAAUUAUAGUCUACUUUUUCACCUGAGACACUGCCUCUCUUCUUCCAUCUGCAGCUUCCCUUCCUCCCUCCGCACAUCCCCACA